GGCUGCGGGAGGCGGCCGGGCAGCCCGGAGCCUCGCUAGGGCGACCAAAACAAAGGCAGCAUCCGGGGCUGGGUGGAUGCAAACAACCAUGAAAGACUGGGCUCGCCGUUUCCCCGGCUCCGCCGCUGCCGCCGCGGCCGGGAGGGCGCCGCUGUGAGGGGAGCAGGGGCGCAGCUGCUGCUGGGCGUGAAUCCGAGAGGUGAGAGCCCGGGAGCCCGAGGAGGGGGCUGGCAGGCCAUGAAAAUGUCCUCGGCCGUGGGGCCCCGCGGUCCUCGCCCACCCACGGUGCCUCCCCCCAUGCAAGAGCUGCCCGACCUGAGCCACCUGACCGAGGAGGAGAGGAACAUUAUCAUGGCAGUGAUGGACCGGCAGAAGGAAGAGGAGGAAAAAGAAGAAGCCAUGCUCAAGUGUGUUGUCAGGGACAUGGCGAAGCCUGCUGCCUGCAAAACACCAAGAAAUGCUGAAACCCAGCCCCACCAACCUUCACCGAGAUUGCAUCAGCAAUUUGAAAGCUAUAAGGAACAAGUGAGAAAAAUAGGGGAAGAAGCACGCCGUUACCAGGGCGAGCACAAAGACGAUGCUCCGACUUGUGGAAUCUGUCAUAAAACAAAGUUUGCUGAUGGGUGUGGCCAUCUCUGCUCCUACUGCCGCACCAAAUUCUGCGCCCGCUGUGGAGGCCGUGUGUCUCUGCGAUCCAACAAUGUUAUGUGGGUAUGCAAUUUAUGUCGAAAGCAGCAAGAAAUUUUAACCAAGUCUGGGGCCUGGUUCUUUGGAAGUGGCCCUCAGCAGCCCAGUCAGGAUGGAACCCUAAGUGAUACAGCUACAGGUGCUGGUUCUGAGUUACCCAGGGAAAAGAAAGCACGGCUCCAAGAGCGGUCAAGGUCGCAGACUCCCCUGAGCACAGUAGCUGCCUCCUCCCAGGACACAGCCCCCCCAGGUGCACAGCCUGACAGGAGCAAAGGGGCUGAGCCUUCACAGCAAGCCCUGGGGCCGGAGCAGAAGCAGGCUGCAUCCAGGUCUAGAAGUGAACCUCCAAGAGAGAGGAAGAAGACUCCAGGGCCGUCUGAGCAGAAUGGCAAAGGCUCCCAGAAGGGCGAGCGGAAACGCGGGCCGAAGUCCUCGGCGCAACCUGGGGAGGGGGCCGUGGAGGAGCGGGAGCGGAAAGACCGGCGAGACAGAAGGCUGGAGAAAGGGCGGUCGCAGGACUACCCCGACGGGCCGGAAAAACGCGACGACGGCAAAGUGGCGGACGAGGAGAAGCAAAGGAGCGCGGAGGAGUACCAGACUAGGUACCGAAGCGACCCGAACCUGGCGCGGUACCCGGUGAAAGCGCCGCCGGAGGAGCAGCAGAUGCGCAUGCACGCGCGGGUGUCCCGCGCGAGGCAUGAGCGGCGCCACAGCGACGUGGCGCUCCCACGCACCGAGGCGGGCGCCUCGCCGCCCGAAAGCAAGGCCGGGAAGCGAGCGCCGGCCGCGGGCAGGGCUUUGCCGCCGGACUCGCAGCGGGCCUACCCGACCGAGAGGACUGCGGAAGCCAGGGCGCCGGGCGCCAAGCAGCUAACGAACCACAGCCCGCCGGCUCCCAGGCAUGGGCCGGUCCCCGCCAAAGCCCUGGAGCCCAAAGCCCAGGAGCCCCUCAGGAAGCAGAGCCGCCUGGACCCCAGCUCGGCAGUCCUCCUGCGGAAGGCCAAGCGCGAGAAGGCGGAGAUCAUGCUGCGGAACGACUCGCUGAGCUCGGACCAGUCCGAGUCGGUGCGGCCGUCUCCGCCCAAGCCCCACAGGCCCAAGAGGGGCGGCAAGAAGAGGCAGAUGUCAGUGAGCAGCUCGGAGGAGGAGGGCGUGUCCACGCCGGAGUACACCAGCUGCGAGGACGUGGAGCUGGAGAGCGAGAGCGUCAGCGAGAAAGGUGAUUUGGAUUAUUACUGGUUGGAUCCUGCCACGUGGCAUAGCCGGGAAACGUCACCAAUUAGUUCGCAUCCUGUGACGUGGCAGCCGUCUAAAGAGGGGGACCGGUUAAUUGGACGCGUUAUCCUUAACAAGAGAACAACCAUGCCCAAAGAGUCAGGUGCACUGCUAGGUCUCAAAGUUGUUGGAGGAAAAAUGACUGACUUAGGACGCCUUGGUGCCUUCAUCACCAAAGUAAAGAAGGGUAGCCUUGCAGAUGUAGUUGGACAUUUAAGAGCAGGGGAUGAAGUUCUAGAAUGGAAUGGUAAACCCCUGCCGGGAGCUACAAAUGAAGAAGUUUACAACAUUAUUUUAGAAUCAAAAUCAGAACCUCAAGUUGAAAUUAUUGUUUCAAGGCCUAUUGGUGACAUUCCACGGAUUCCUGAGAGCUCUCAUCCUCCUCUGGAGUCCAGUUCAAGUUCUUUUGAAUCUCAGAAGAUGGAAAGGCCUUCCAUUUCUGUUAUUUCUCCGACAAGUCCUGGAGCUCUAAAAGAUGCCCCGCAAGUCUUACCAGGACAACUUUCUGUGAAACUGUGGUACGAUAAAGUGGGGCACCAGCUGAUUGUAAACGUCCUGCAAGCAGCAGACCUGCCUUCUAGAGUAGACGGGCGCCCCCGGAAUCCCUAUGUAAAAAUGUAUUUUCUUCCAGAUAGAAGUGAUAAAAGUAAAAGGAGGACCAAAACAGUAAAGAAAGUACUAGAACCAAAAUGGAAUCAAACUUUUGUCUAUUCGCAUGUACAUCGUAGAGAUUUUAGAGAACGAAUGUUAGAAAUAACGGUGUGGGACCAACCCAGAGUACAAGAAGAAGAGAGUGAAUUUCUUGGAGAGAUUCUCAUAGAAUUGGAGACGGCCCUUUUAGAUGAUGAACCACAUUGGUACAAACUUCAGACACAUGAUGAAUCUUCACUACCUCUGCCUCAGCCAUCACCUUUCAUGCCAAGGCGACACAUUCAUGGAGAAAGCUCCAGCAAAAAACUACAAAGAUCUCAGCGAAUCAGUGAUAGUGACAUCUCAGAUUAUGAGGUUGAUGAUGGUAUUGGAGUAGUUCCUCCAGUAGGUUAUAGGCCUAGUGCUAGAGAAGGUAAAUCUACAACGUUAACUGUGCCAGAACAGCAAAGAACAACUCAUCACCGUUCACGCUCGGUGUCUCCUCAUCGCGGCGAUGAUCAGGGAAGGCCGCGCUCACGUUUACCAAAUGUGCCAUUACAGAGGAGUUUAGAUGAAAUUCAUCCAACAAGAAGGUCACGUUCUCCAACCAGACACCAUGAUGCCUCUAGAAUCCCAGUUGAUCACAGGUCCAGAGACGUGGACAGUCAGUAUUUAUCUGAACAAGACAGUGAGCUUCUUAUGCUGCCCAGAGCAAAACGAGGACGAAGUGCAGAAUGCCUACAUACUACCAGUGAACUGCAGCCCUCCCUUGACAGGGCUAGGAGUGCUAGUACCAACUGCUUGAGACCAGACACUAGUUUGCAUUCACCAGAACGAGAAAGGGGUAGAUGGUCCCCCUCCCUAGAUAGGAGACGACCUCCUAGCCCCAGGAUUCAAAUCCAGCAUGCAUCACCGGAGAAUGACAGGCACUCCAGAAAGUCUGAAAGAUCUAGCAUCCCAAAACAGACUAGGACAGGCAUUGCCUCUGAUGCAGAAAGGACGCACCGACAAGGAAGUCCACCCCACUCCCCUCCCGCAGACCCCACCUUCGGCAGUCGAAGGGGAAGGCAGCUCCCACAAGUGCCAGUGAGAAGCGGCAGUAUAGAACAAGAGCAAGAAAAAUAUAACUCUUCUACAAAAGCAAGCUUAGUAGUGGAGGAGCGAACGAGACAGAUGAAAAUGAAAGUGCAUCGAUUUAAGCAGACAACAGGGUCUGGUUCUAGUCAAGAACUUGAUCGCGAGCAAUAUUCCAAGUAUAACAUACAUAAAGAUCAGUACAGAAGCUGUGAUAACGUCUCUGCCAAAUCAUCAGAUAGUGAUGUCAGUGAUGUGUCCGCCAUUUCCAGAACCAGCAGUGCCUCCCGCCUCAGCAGCACAAGCUUUAUGUCAGAGCAAUCUGAGCGCCCCAGGGGUAGAAUCAGUUCAUUUACCCCUAAAAUGCAAGGCAGACGGAUGGGGACUUCAGGAAGAGCCAUCAUGAAGAGCACCAGUGUGAGUGGAGAGAUGUACACACUGGAGCAUAAUGACGGCAGUCAGUCGGACACGGCCGUGGGUACAGUGGGAGCAGGUGGAAAGAAACGGAGGUCGAGCCUGAGUGCCAAAGUGGUCGCCAUAGUGUCUCGAAGGAGUAGAAGCACAUCCCAACUAAGCCACACAGAGUCCGGCCACAAGAAGUUAAAAAGCACCAUACAGAGAAGCACAGAGACAGGAAUGGCGGCCGAAAUGAGGAAGAUGGUGAGGCAGCCCAGUCGUGAGUCCACGGACGGCAGCAUCAACAGUUACAGCUCCGAGGGCAACUUAAUAUUUCCUGGCGUGCGCCUGGGAGCAGACAGUCAGUUCAGUGAUUUUCUCGAUGGACUGGGACCCGCCCAGCUUGUCGGCCGCCAAACCCUGGCCACCCCUGCAAUGGGCGAUAUACAAAUUGGAAUGGAGGAUAAAAAGGGCCAGUUAGAAGUCGAAGUUAUCAGAGCCCGAAGCCUCACGCAAAAGCCUGGUUCCAAAUCGACACCUGCUCCAUACGUCAAAGUGUAUCUUUUGGAAAACGGGGCCUGUAUAGCUAAGAAGAAGACCAGAAUUGCACGGAAAACCCUUGAUCCUUUGUAUCAACAGUCCCUGGUUUUUGACGAAAGUCCACAGGGUAAAGUUCUUCAGGUGAUUGUCUGGGGAGACUAUGGCAGAAUGGACCAUAAAUGCUUUAUGGGAGUGGCUCAAAUCUUGUUGGAAGAACUCGACCUGUCCAGUAUGGUAAUCGGAUGGUACAAAUUGUUCCCGCCGUCGUCACUGGUGGAUCCCACACUCACUCCCCUAACCCGCCGGGCUUCCCAGUCAUCUCUGGAAAGUUCAACUGGGCCUCCCUGCAUUCGAUCAUAGUGAACUCACACCACAGUCAUUCCAAUACAGCUCUACCUUUCAAGAUAAUAAUUUGAACCAGAUAUUUCAUGAUCAAAAGCAUUGUUGGAGACAAUCAACUUGUGUUUUGCCUGUAGUAGUUUUUCAGUAAUGUGUCCCAGUAGUUGUUUCAAUCCCAGCUUCGUACGACAGAACAAGGCAGUCUGUGAAAUUACAGUAGGAGCCAACGUGCUAGUGAGAGUCACUGAUGCUUCUACCACACAGAAAAAGAGAAAACUUCAUAUUUGCGCACACACACACAGCAAACAGGACGAACUGGAAACUCUCACUCUGUGAAAGUUGUGUUUUACACGUUCCUACACAGGCCACAAGCAGUGUUAUUUCCCCCAUUGUUUAAGAAGUUUCGUUCUUUUGUGUUUUGUC